AUGCCACCGUACCCGACCCCGCCACCUUCAAGCGACUCCUUACUCGCUUGCGCACCCGAAGUGGUCAUAUUCUCCAUCGACGAGGACCUCACCGCCCCAACAUCCUCCCAAUCAAGCGUCGACACCACACCCUCCUCCUCCGCCUCUUCUUCAUCCUCGCGCAAACACCGCCUCUCGCACCCGCGUCACCAGACCGCCUCCACCUCUUCCUCCCCCUCAGCCACCGCAUCCGCCUCUUCGUCAGCAUCAUCGGCGUCCUCGUCCCGCACGCGCCGCGCAGUCCGCUUCGCCGUCCCCGCCUCCGCCGACAAGAAGCACCGCCGGCGCCUCGCGUCGCCCGAGCCCGCGCGCGAGCGGAUCGCGCUGCCGAUGGCGCAUAUGCUCGAUAGUCUCGAGUCGCUUAGCGUUUCGGCGUCGUCGUGCGAGGCGGAGUGCACCGGCGCCGAUGUGUACUCUGGUGCGGAUGUGGGCGGGAGGGAGGAGAGGGGGAGGGGGCUGAGGUAUCCGUCGCCGAGCAGCUCGGUCACGAACUCCGCGGGGAGCUGCGAGUCGGUGACCGUGCGCGAGGAGAGAGCGGUGGUGGGGGAUGAGAUGAGCGAGAGGCACGCGAGGCGGUGGGCGCGGCGGGCUGCGCCGUAUUGA